UUGGUCUACCACAUUUACCACAUUCAAUUUCUGUGUUUAUAUCCAUAUUAGAUAUUAUGGACAGCGAAUCCUUUCCACCUCUCAAAGCAUCAAGAAAUGACGAGACGAACGAAAAGUUGACUUGCAUUGGCAGCACAGCCUUCCAGUGCACUGUCCUCCCCCAACAUUGGCGAUCCAACAAGAGUCUUCCAACUCCGUUUAAGAUUAUGACUGGCACUACUAACAUUGAAAACGGAAUUAAAGUGUCGGUAGCAGCUGGAAACGAGGACUACCCGAGUGCAGAACUACGCAACUCCACAGCAAUAGUUAAAAACGGGGUGGCAAAAUUCAAUGAUCUCAGAUUUAUUGGUCGCAGUGGAAGAGGCAAAAUGUUUAACCUAACAGUCACUGUCUUCACGUUGCCUCCUCACAUUUUGAUUUAUCAGAAAGCCAUUAAAAUUACUGUCGAUGGCCCACGUGAUCCAAGGACAAAAAAUAGUUAA